GCGCGCUGUGCUCUUGGCCCGGGAGGGCGGAGUCCAGGCGGGUGCCGGCGGAGGGAGGGGGCGCGGCGGCUUUGGAGUCCGGCGCACCCUCAGGCCGCAGACGCGAUGCUGGCUGCUGCGGGUCGGGUUGUGGAGAGGGCGGGGAUGUGACGGGCGGCGCCCUCGCCUCACCUUCAGUCCUCCGGCCCGCAGGUCUGUGGGUGACCUGCAGCCGGCCCGCGGCCAAGGAGGCAACGCGACCUCCUCACGAUUCUGUCCAGUUUUAAGAACAAAUGUACCCUAUAGCUCAUGGAAGAAAAAACACAAAUCAAGACAUUUUUGGGUUCCAAGUUGCCAAAGUAUGGAACAAAAUCUGUUAGAAGUACAUUGCAACCAAUGCCAAGUGGGACACCCGUUAAUUUAUUAGGAACUUCCAAGAAUAGUAAUGUCAAAAGUUACAUCAAAAAUAAUGGCUCUGAUUGUCCAUCAUCCCAUUCAUUUAAUUGGAGAAAAACGAAUAAGUACCAACUUAGUGCACAAGACGCUGAAGAGCCCAGCAAUACUCAGAAUUCACAUGAUAAACAUGCCUCUACUCAAGGAAUGUUUGAUAAAAAUGGGAUAAAGGGAGGUUUGAAAAGUGUUUCUUUACUCACAUCAAAGUUGGCAAAGCCAUCUACUAUGUUUGUGUCAUCAACAGAGGAGUUAAACCAAAAGUCUUUCUCUGGACCAUCUAAUUUGGGUAAAUUCACCAAAGGCACAUUAUUAGGAAGGACUUCAUAUUCUUCAGUCAGUGCUCCAAAAUCGCAGUUGAAUGGAUUUUAUGGAAACCGAUCAGCUGGUAGCAUGCAAAGGCCCAGAGCAAACUCCAGUGCCACAAGAAGCAGUUCUGGAGAAAGCUUAGCACAAUCCCCAGACAGUAUGAAAUCUAUUAGUUGUGAAAAAAUGGUAAGGUCACAAAGUUUUUCACAUUCCAUUCAGAAUUCAUUCCUUCCACCUUCAUCUAUAACCAGGUCACAUUCCUUCAAUAGAGCUGUAGACCUAACAAAGCCUUAUCAGAACCAACAGCUAUCCAUUCGAGUGCCUCUACGGUCAAGUAUGCUAACAAGAAAUUCACGACAGUCAGAAGUACUCAAUGGGAAUGAACAUUUGGGGUAUGGAUUUAAUAGGCCUUAUGCUGCUGGUGGAAAGAAGCUGGCUUUACCAAAUGGCCCAGGUGUAACUUCCACUUUAGGUUACAGGAUGGUUCAUCCUUCUCUCUUGAAAUCUAACCGACCUCCAUUUUCUGGGACUAUCACAGUUGAUGGAAAUAAAAAUUCACCUGCUGAUACAUGUAUAGAGGAAGAUGCUACAGUUUUGGCUAAGGACAAAGCUGCUAAUAAGGACCAAGAGCUAAUUGAAAAUGAAAAUUUUAGAACAGAGCAUGACCAGACAGUGAAACAUGAUGCUAAAAUUAGGUACCUGAGUGAUGAUGUGGAUGACAUAUCUCUGUCGUCUUUGUCAUCUUCUGAUAAGAAUGAUUUAAGUGAAGACUUUAGUGAUGAUUUUAUAGAUAUAGAAGACUCCAACAGAACAAGAAUAACUCCGGAAGAAAUUUCUCUUAAAGAAGAAAAACAUGAAAACGUACCACCACAGGAUCUAUUUAAUGUUUCCAAGGAAAAUGAAAAAUCUUUCAGUAAAACCAAUGAAUGGAUUGAUAUUAGUGUCUCUGACAGGAGUGAAUGUACAAAACAUCCAUCUGGGAAUAACUUAAUUUCACCAGAUACAGACUACAGAGCUGGUUCUUCACUUGAACUCUCUCCCUCUGAUAGUUCUGAUGGAACAUACAUGUGGGAUGAAGAGGGCUUGGAACCUAUUGGAAAUGUCCAUCCAGUUGGGAGCUAUGAGUCUUCUGAAAUGAACAGCAUAGAUAUUCUGAAUAAUCUUGAAUCAUGUGAUCUUGAAGAUGAUGACCUUAUGCUUGAUGUGGAUCUGCCUGAGGAUACACCUCUUGAAAAUGUGGAGUGUGACAAUAUGAACCGCUUUGACCGACCAGACAGAAAUGUUCGGCAGUCUCAGGAAGGAUUUUGGAAAAGGCCACCCCAGAGGUGGAGUGGACAGGAACAUUACCACCUCAGCCAUCCUGAUCACUAUCAUCACCGUGGAAAAAGCGACUUGAGCAGAGGCUCUCCAUAUAGAGAAUCUCCUAUGGGUCAUUUUGAAAGCUAUGGAGGGACCCCCUUUUUCCAAGCUCAGAAGAUGUUUAUAGAUGUACCAGAAAAUACAGUGAUACUGGAUGAGAUGACCCUUCGGCACAUGGUUCAGGAUUGCACUGCUGUAAAAACUCAGUUACUCAAACUGAAACGUCUCUUGCAUCAACAUGACGGAAGUGGUUCAUUGCAUGAUGUUCAACUAUCAUUGCCAUCCAGUCCGGAACCAGAGGAUAGUGAUCAAAUAUAUAAGAAUGAAGAUUUAUUAAAUGAAAUAAAACAACUUAAAGAAGAAAUAAAGAGAAAAGAUGAAAGGAUUCAACUAUUAGAACAUCAGCUUGCAACUCAGUAUAACAACCACCAAAAAUCUAAAGAGGAAAAAUGCAUGCAUGCUGAUAAAUAUACCCAAACACCGUGGAGAAGAAUUUCUCCUCAAGUACUACAGCCUUCCAGCAGCCUUCCCAGACCCACAGACUAUGCCCAGGGAAAACUAAUAAAGCCGCAACCUAUCGAGGCCCACAGUGAAUGCACAACCCAGGGCGUGCGUCAGGGCAUUGCACUUCUGGACGAAAGCUUUACACAUGGCUUGCAAGAAGAAAGCAACUAUGGUUUGGAAGACCAGCCAUUUUCGUUAAGCUCAAAAUUCACUAUGGAUGUGGCUAAGUGUACAUCUUCUGAAGGAAACUUGAACAUGACUGUGGGUGCUCAAGAGCCUUAUCAUUUGGCAAAUAAUCAAAUAAAUGACAUGCAGUUUGUACCUACUUCCCUUCAGACACCUUCCCAGUCAGGUACAGUGGACCAGGUUAAGAGAGUUGGAAGAAAUCAGUCUCUGCCAGUGGGCUAUCCGUCUCAGUCCAAGUCCUUGCAGCUUUUAAAACCAUCCAUCUUGAAUUCUUUGGUACCUCCUCCAGUUUCUGAAUCAUCUCCAAGUAGGACUCCCACUUGUAAGAAGUCACCGGUAGUCACAACAUGUAAUUCGACAAAACUUCAGCCAACAUCUAGUCAAACAAAUCUUGCAAAUAAUCCGAAUCUGAAAGCAUCAAAGCUCCGUCCUCCUUCAGGCUCUUUCAAACAAAAACAAAUAAGCAGCUCCCAACUCGAGCCCCAAAGCUUCCAGGCCAAGACAAGUAUCCCAAGGCCACUAACACAACGAAAAGAAAUCAUGCAGAGUUCAAAUGGCAGUUUGCAUUCUGGGGACUGUUUGGCCUCUAAUCGAUAUUCUCGUCUUCCUAAACCAAAGAUACAUUAAGUAUGUAGCCAUCACCUGCCAAUUGGUUUUUAAAAAACUAUUCUGUAAUAGCUUUAUGUGCAGUUUGCUACAAAGGUGGAGGUUCCAUGAAAAGCCUGCAAAUCUUAAAAUUAAAAUGUGGAAGCUUCUACUA